CCUCCAGCCUGCGCAGCCCCGCCCCCUCGCGGCAGCCUCUCCCGCCCGCUCCUGCGGCUGUGGUUGCUCUGGCGUCUGCUGAGGAGGAGCAGCUGCCUCUGCUGCAGCCCCAGCCAGACCCCGGCUGCUCGGGCAGAAGCCGCAGCCUGUGCUGCUCGUGGGCCAGGGUCAGGUCUCCACGGCCCCAGCUCCCACGGGGGUGCCAAGGUACCGAGUGGCUGUGCAGGCAGGGCAGCAGCAUGGAGUGCCUCUUCCCCACCCCGCCCGGGGAGGUCUACAGCAGUGACCUGCAGGAUGGCCUCGUGAGCCCCAACCACAGCCUGCUGCCCCCUGACCUGCUCCUCAAUGUCAGCCAUGGGGCCUUCCUGCCCCUCGGGCUCAAGGUCACCAUCGUGGGGCUCUACUUGGCUGUGUGUGUCGGGGGGCUUCUGGGGAACUGCCUCGUCAUGUAUGUCAUCCUCAGACACACCAAGAUGAAGACAGCUACCAACAUUUACAUCUUUAACCUGGCCCUAGCAGACACCUUGGUGCUGCUGACACUGCCCUUCCAGGGCACAGACGUGCUCCUGGGCUUCUGGCCGUUUGGGAACGCCCUGUGCAAGAUUGUCAUUGCCAUCGACUAUUACAACAUGUUCACCAGCACCUUCACGCUGACCGCCAUGAGCGUGGACCGUUAUGUAGCCAUUUGCCACCCCAUCCGUGCCCUCGACGUCCGGACGUCCAGCAAGGCCCAGGCUGUCAAUGUGGCCAUCUGGGCCCUGGCCUCUGUCGUCGGCAUCCCGGUGGCCAUCAUGGGCUCGGCACAGGUCGAGGAUGAAGAGAUCGAGUGUUUGGUGGAGAUCCCUGCCCCGCAGGACUACUGGGGCCCCCUGUUUGCUGUCUGCAUCUUCCUCUUCUCCUUUGUCGUCCCCGUGCUCAUCAUCUCCAUCUGCUACAGCCUCAUGAUCCAGCGCCUGCGCGGGGUCCGCCUGCUCUCGGGCUCCCGAGAGAAGGACCGGAACCUGCGGCGCAUCACGCGGCUGGUGCUGGUGGUGGUGGCAGUGUUUGUGGGCUGCUGGACGCCUGUCCAGGUCUUCGUGCUGGUCCAAGGACUGGGGGUUCAGCCAGGCAGUGAGACGGCGGUAGCCAUCCUACGUUUCUGCACAGCCCUCGGCUACGUCAACAGCUGCCUCAACCCCAUCCUCUACGCCUUCCUAGAUGAGAACUUCAAGGCCUGCUUCCGCAAGUUCUGCUGCACAUCUGCACUGCGCCGGGAGGGGCCGGGGUCUGACCGUGUGCGCAGCAUGGCCAAGGAUGUGGCCCUCGCCCGCAAGACCUCAGAGACGGUGCCGAGGCCUGCAUGACUAGGCGUGGACCUGCCCAUGGUGCCCGCCAGCCCGCAGAGCCCGUCAACACCCAACACGGAGCUCACCCAGGUCACUGCUCUCUAGGCUGAUGCACAACCUGACCCCUGAGUGUCACCAGGCUCUGGGAGCUUCCCUGUGACCCCAAGGGCCUGAUGACAUCAUGGGACCUAUUGCUUAGGGCUGUCCCGUGGCCCCAGUCACACUAACCUGGGAGUGUGUGUGAAAGAACUCACCAGUGAGUGAGCCUGGCCAGAGCUCAUGGACACACCCACGAUUCAUGGGACUCCAGGCCUCCCCCCUACUGCACCUGCGGGCCCUGGGUGGGCACAUCUGGAGGCGGAACAGCAGUGUGUGCAACCCGAGGGCCCUGUGCUGUGUGCGGGCUGCGUGAGGGCAGUGGGACUGGCCCAGAGCUGGGAGCUGCUGGCAUGGACUUGCCCGAGCGUCACUGGUGCCGCCUUCGGGUCCCCCACAUCCAUGUCCCUCCAGCCCUCAAAGAGCCUUUCCCUUCAGACGCUCAGUGAACUCAUGCGCUGCAGCUGCGGGGCCACGUGUGCAGAGCUGGCUUGGGCUGCAGGGCGGGCAGGGCCACCGCAGGCUGCUCUGUCCGUCAUUCGUGAAGUGGCCCUGUGUACCUGGUCUUGACUGCUUGAUGCUGAGGGCCCCUGCCUGGGGCCCCUGUGCCCUCCUGGGGCUCUCUCCCUCACAGUCUCUCCUUUUCUUGAAAUCAGACGUCCCCAGCUGUGCUGCUGGCAGGACCCCGUGCCCUCCUUGGGUCUGGGUGGCCUUGAAAGAGUGGCAGUUGGGAUGGGUUUUGCUCUGCACUGGCAGUGACUGACCUAUUGCCUCAUUUCCAAGCCUCCAGGUGUCUAUGGGGGAGGCCUGAACUUUUGGUGCCAAACCAGAGGGUAGUUUCACCUUGGGAACUGGUGAGAGGUGGGGCUUGGCAGGGCCUGCUUGAGUGAUGCUGUGAGAACCGUCUGGGCUGUGGGGCACCGGUGGGGGUGUCUCCCUAGUGUGGUCACCAGAGAAGCCCCCACCUGCCCCAGCCUGCAGAUGGAAGCUGGAGCUUGGUGACUUUGCAAAUAGCCCUGCAACGUUGAAAAGAUGAUUUUGCCUCCACCUGUGAGCUGAGCUGCAGCCCUGGGCCCGGUGACUUAAGCACCUGGGAAGCAAGGACCUGCAACUGGCUGCGGCACCCUGGCCCUUGGGGCUGAGCGCUUUCUUGCUGAGACAGAGACUCAUGAACUCGUGCCUGUGUCCCCUGUGCCCAUGUACUUACACGUGUGCCAAGUGAGCCCUGCCUGCGACCCGCCUGAGCCUCCCCUGCCCCUCCCUCCAGGCCCACUCCUCCUGGUGGCGUUUCUGACUCCUGCAGGGUGGGCUGUUGGGGUAACUUCUCUGGGAUUAGCAUGUGUGGUCCUCCCACCCGCUCUGAGCUCCUCACCAGUCCCCCCGCGCCCCCUGCCCCGCUCCAAUGUUGGGAAGGGGUGCGACUAGUUCAUGUGUUGGGGCUGUUACCUUUUAUUCAGAACAAAUAGUUUCUCCAUAAACAACAGCCUGC